UUGCAAAGCUUCGGAGAAUGUUACUGGUAUGUCCAUGGUUAUUACAGUCUUAUAGUGUGUUUGUUUGGUGUAAUUACCAAUUUUAUCAAUAUUGCCGUGCUGACAAAAAAGUCAAUGAGAACUCCAAUUAACUGUAUCCUCACAGGAAUCGCUAUUGCCGAUUUAGUUACAAUGUUAUCUUAUAUACCUUUUGCCAUUCACUUUUAUAUAGCUAAUGAUAUCAAGGCAACACCAUCAAAAUACUCAUUUAGUUGGUCGGUGUUUAUGGCCAUCCACGUAAAUUUGACGUUAACAACCCACACGGUAUCUAUUUGGUUGGGAGUAAUCAUGGCUAUAAUGAGAUGGGUUUUUGUUAGAAAUGCUACUCCUAAUAACAGAAAAAAUUCAGAGAAUAGAUCAGCCAUAAUCAUUAUAGUAAUGACAUAUAUUGGUUCCGCCAUUUUAAUCAUUCCAAACUGCUUUGUAACUGGCAUACACGAAGAAUUUUCAGAGGAGCACAAUGGCUCCAUGUACAGACUAAAUUCUUUAAGUUUAACGAACGAAACAAGUUCCAUGGCAAUCCUCAAUUUCUGGGUUUAUCCAGUCUUUGGUAAAAUUAUUCCCUGCGUGUUGAUUUCAAUAUUUGGUGGGUUUCUUCUCCAUACACUUCGUGAAAGUGACAGACGAGGCAGUAGGUUAAAGGGCGAUAAUCAUAAAUGUCACGCACAUCGAAGGACAACCUUAAUGUUAUUAGCAGUCAUUGUUAUGUAUAUCAUUUCGGAGGUACCACAGAGCAUUUUAGUUGUUUUGUGUGCGUGUGUUCAAGGGUUUUUCGUUGAUGUAUACCUUCCUUUAAGUGACCUCAUCGACGCUAUUGCUCUAAUCAACAGUGCUAUUAAUUUUGUGAUGUACUGUACAAUGAGUCAACAAUUCAGA